AUCUAUACUUCUUUGCUCUCCACCCCUGGCGCCUGCCCUCGAUCUGAGAACCUACGGCUGUACUCUUUAUAUCCAUCAUGCCUUCUCUUGAUGUCCCCGGAGCCUCCAUCUAUUACGAGGUUUUUGGAAGCGGUCCUCUCUUGCUUUGCAUACCAGGUGCGGAUGGACGUGGAUCUGUAUUCCACGAGGUAGCAAAAGCUGCAUCCGAUAAGUUCUCUGUCGUGUGUUGGGACCGCCGUGGGUACUCUAAAAGCCUGUUGCGUGGUCCACAAAGUCUUCAAUCCCGCCUCGAGACAGACGCGGAUGAUGCUGCGCGUUUGAUUUCCCACCUUAGUUCGGAGGCUGCUUAUGUCUUUGGAACUUCAUCUGGUGCGAUUGUGACUCUGACGUUGCUAAGCCGACACUCAGAAGUGGUCAAGGCAGCAAUCGUACACGAACCGCCUGCGUUCACGGUGCUUCCAGACGAUCUUCGUCAGCAGGCAACCGAAUUUAUUCAGCACAUCUACAACCUUUAUCGCAAGGAGGGACCUCUGAGCGCAAUGGAAGUCUUUAGUUCCGGGUUUUCCGAUAGCAAAGAGGCCGAAAUCAUGCGAUCUUCCAUUUCGACAAGCCAGGGGGAUGAAAUCCGCGCCAACAGUCUUUGGUGGUUUGAAUUCGAGCUGAGGCAAUACACGAGUGCAGUCAUCCCUAUGGAUUCAAUUGUUGCUGUCAGAGAAAAGGUUAUUAUGACUGUGGGUGUGGACUCCGUUGGCCGAGGUGUGGCGCCAGCUUCAAUAAUUGCCGAUCGGCUGGGAGAGAAGCCUAUCACAAUCCCAGGCGGGCAUGUGAACUACAAGAUUUCUCCGGAAUCUUUUGUGGCAGUGUUCACAGAGAAUUUCAACUAGUCCUGUACUGUCAUUUAUUUGAAUGCUAGUCAUGAAUCUUGGAAUCUUCGUGGAGCCGUUGAUGUUGAACGUGAUCUUCCAAGAGGACGGAUCCUCGUACGUUCAGUCAACUCGGGCUGUAACAUUCGCACCUCACAAAACAACCAAUCAGCGGUGUCAAAAAGAUCAUGGAAAAGAAUAUAGGGUGCCUUGGGACGACGGAACGGAUUGAAAGUGUUUACAACUCAUAGUAUUCCCUACUUUAUAUUAUAGUGAUUAUGCUGGUUACUACUCCUAUUGCCCUAAGUAUCAGACUCCUACGUGGAU